ACCUUUCUCACCCCCACCCCACCCCCACUCCAGGAUGUGGCUGGGCCGCCGUGCCCUCUGCGCGCUGGUCCUGCUGCUCGCCUGCGCCUCGCUGGGGCUCCUAUACGCGAGCAUCCGGGACGCCCGGGGCCUCCGGGCACCUCUUGCGCUGGGGGCGCCCCCGCAGGGGCCCCCUAGGCCCGAGCUGCCAGACUUUGCCCCUGAGCCCCGCUACGCACACAUCCGCGUCAGGAUCAAGGAGGAAGUGGUGGGGCUGCUGGCUCAGAACAACUGCAGUUGUGAGUCCAGCGGGAGGGGUCUUCCCCUCCCCUUCCAGAGACAGGUCAGAGCCAUUGACCUCACUAAGGCCUUUGACCCUGAGGAGCUGAAGACUGCCUCUACCACAAGGGAGCAGGAGUUCCAGGCCUUCCUGUCAAGGAGCCAGUCCCCGGCUGACCAGCUGCUCAUAGCCCCUGCCAACUCCCCCCUACAGUACCCCCUGCAGGGUGUGGAGGUUCAGCCCCUCAGGAGUAUCUUGGUGCCAGGGCUGAGCCUGCAGGCUGCUUCUGGUCAGGAGGUAUACCAGGUGAACCUGACUGCCUCCCUGGGCACCUGGGACGUGGCAGGGGAAGUGACUGGAGUGACUCUUACUGGAGAAGGGCAGCCAGAUCUGACCCUUGUCAGCCCAGGGCUGGACCGACUCAACCGGCAACUGCAACUUGUCAUUUACAGCAGCCGAAGCUACCAGGCCAACACUGCAGACACAGUCCGGUUCUCCACGGAGGGACAUGAGGCUGCCUUCACCAUUCGCAUAAGACACCCCCCUAACCCGCGCCUGUACCCGCCUGGAUCUCUACCCCAGGGAGCCCAGUACAACAUCAGCGCUCUGGUCACUAUUGCCACCAAGACCUUCCUUCGUUACGAUCGGCUACGGACGCUCAUCGCUAGUAUCCGACGCUUCUACCCGACUGUCACCGUGGUCAUCGCUGACGACAGCGACAAGCCAGAGCGUAUUAGUGGCCCCCACGUGGAGCACUAUCUCAUGCCCUUCGGCAAGGGCUGGUUCGCAGGUCGAAACCUGGCCGUGUCCCAAGUAACCACCAAGUACGUGCUGUGGGUGGACGACGACUUUGUCUUCACGGCGCGGACGCGGCUAGAGAGGCUCGUGGACGUGCUGGAGCGGACGCCGCUAGACCUGGUGGGGGGCGCGGUGCGCGAGAUCUCGGGCUUCGCCACCACUUAUCGGCAGCUGCUGAGCGUGGAGCCCGGCGCCCCAGGCCUCGGGAACUGCCUCCGGCAAAGGCGGGGCUUCCACCACGAGCUUGUCGGCUUCCCAGGCUGCGUGGUCACAGACGGCGUAGUCAACUUCUUCCUGGCACGUACUGACAAGGUGCGCGAGGUCGGCUUCGACCCGCGCCUCAGCCGCGUGGCACACCUGGAAUUCUUCCUGGAUGGGCUUGGUUCCCUUCGAGUUGGCUCCUGCUCUGACGUCGUUGUGGAUCAUGCAUCCAAGUUGAAGCUGCCUUGGACAUCAAGGGAUGCCGGAGCAGAGACUUACGCGCGGUACCGUUACCCGGGAUCACUGGACGAGAGUCAGAUGGCCAAACACCGCCUCCUCUUCUUCAAACACCGGCUGCAGUGCAUGACCUCGGAGUGAUGGCCACCCGGGGCUUUCCAACUGUCAGGCUGGGCCUGCCUCCUUGUUUCUGCCAGGAAUUUCCAGCAAACCCCACCACCCAGUGAGCACCCCAGACUGUCCCUGAGCCCCUCAUUCCUUACUCUUCCCUUUCAGAACCUGAUCCUAAACAGGGGCUUGUCCUGGUGACACCCCUCCUUUCCUGAGUGCCCAGGGGCCUGAUGGAGCCAUAACCUCUCCCAUAACCAGUGCCAAGUCCUCCUCCCCACCCCAUUCUCAUGGGGCAGGACAUGGGGGGGUCACUUUCCAAGUGCCAAAGAGCCCAGGGGGACUCCAAGAACCUAAAGUAGAAAUCUUCUUGGGACUGAGAAGGUGGGGAAGUUCCCCCAACAAUUAAUCCCAGGGCUGUGUCCCCCACCCCUAUCUCUGGAUCCAGGACUGUGCACCGGCUCCAGCCCCACCCCCCCAAGGAGAACUUGUGACUCUGGAGCUGAGGUGGGGACUGGUGAACGCAUGGUGAAAGCCAUUUUUCUGUGUGUCUGUGCAAUGCUGUGGGCCUGGAGGAAGGGGCAGCAGGGUCUGUGCGCAGACACCCAGACUCGCGUCAUGAUCCCAGAGGCUCUCAGCUUCAUUUUAUUAGUUACAUUAAGUAAGGGGGCUCAGGCAUCAGGGUCCUCCUCACACACACAUUGUUGGGGCCCGCCACACUCCAAGUGACUGGGUCAGACCCACACUGUGCAAAUCUUUGGGUCAGUGAUCUCCUGAG